AUGUAUCAGAAAUGGGAUAACGAGGAAAUUGAUUUUACGCAGCUGAAACAACGUGUCAUAAUACCAAAUCUACCUGACCUGGUCCUUUGUCAAAUUUUUGAAACCUUUUCCUAUAGGGAAUUGGUACGACUAGAAGUGAUCUGCAAAAGAUGGCGUUCUAUUAUAGCGCGAAUACUCAAAAAAGAAAUUCGUGAACUUAAUGUUGAACAGUCUGUUACGUACAACACAGUAUCGGCUCACCAGCAGAAACCCUUUAAACGACUUUCAAUAUGUUGUAAUUUUGAAGCUUAUGACUUCUUAACAGGAAUUUUGAAAAGAUCGAGGUUGUCAAUCAACAAACUGAGCUGUGAUGUGAAGUUUUUGACAAAUAUUGAUCAGCUUCCAUUAAACCGUGAAGCAAGCCGUCGUUACUGGAGUAAUGUGGAAGACCUAUGGCUCAUAUUGGCCCGGUUGGACAAUCAAACAACGCAAAAAUUCCUUGACAUUGAAAAAGAAUUGUUUUUAAAUUUGUCUCAGAUGACGGCACAGAUUCAUGAAGGUUUUCAGCAAGCAGGAAAUGUGGCAAAAAUAAUAUCAGCAAUUGUUUCACGUUUUCCGAGCAUACAGAUUAGUAUGGAAAUUCACGCAAAAUCAAGUAACGAGGUUUUUGCUCAACUUUUGGCUCUGUCACCAAUGGAAUUAAAAAGCCUGAAAAUAAUUUGUUUGGACUAUGAUUUGGCAGUACUCUCCUUAACAUAUUUUAGCAGGAUUUUACAACAGCGCGGAAUAACUAUGCACAGACUGACUUUAAGGGAUUGGACUAUUCGAUGUGAGCCUAGUCAAGUGAUAACUCACUCACCGCUGGAAACUCUUCGUCUAAGUUCAUGUGCAGUUGAAAAUGUUGAUAAUUUUGUGUCUGCUGUUCGCGAAACAUUUACUGCACAAAAGAACAGUAACAGCCAUGUCUCUAGAAAACAAAAUCGGCCGUUGGAGUUGAAAGGAUCGGUAUUAAGUACGAAGGAAAAUAUUUCUUUCAGUAAUCAUUUGAUAAAGAACCAGCCUAGAAAUGGAGGCUUUGCAGACAGAUGCUUCAGAGAAUUGGAGUACGGUACAAACAAGCCAUUUAUAGAGAAGCUCGAAGUUGCCGGGCAGUGCACAUUUCAUGGUCUUGGCUUCCUGAAUGAUAAGGCUCAUACUGAGUUUCAAUUUCGGAUAAACAGUGUGGCUCCAUCACUAGUAAUUGAUUCGUCACGUAUCUAUUAUUAUGAAUAA